UCUACGACGACGGACACCUCUACGUCGACGACGCCCAUAUCUACCACUACUGAUACCACCCCCAGCACCAGUAAGUUGACCAGUGCCAUUUUCCACUGUUCAUCUCCCCACCGCUGCAGCCUUGCAUCAAUUGCGCUCGCAAGUUUGCUUUUAUAACAUUUGCUUCGUGGCAGCUACCACAAGCUUCACAACACCGUCCUCCACCUCCACCAUUCUCACCACAACCUCUCCCACUACUUCCUCGCUGCCUCCUCCAACGACCAGUUCUGCUUCAACCACCAUUUCCACAAGUAGCAGCACCUCAAGUAUAUCCCCUCCUCCUCCGUCGUCUACUAUCACCACCACCAGCAGUACUUCAAGCAUUUCCCCCUCUACAUCGUCUACAAGCAUUACUACCACCUCAAGUGAUCUCCCCUCUUCUUCCGUCACGUUGUCCACUUCCUCUAGCUUGUCGACGUCCGCUUAUACCUCCCCUUCAACCAUAGCUACCACUCCUAUUCCUACUACCACUUCCCCUACCACCACGUCCUCUCCCCCUCCAACAACGUCGUCAACAACGACGCCUUCUCCCUCCCCCAGCACCACGACUACCUCUUCUCCGAUUCCAAGCACUACCACUACCACAACUCCCUCCCCAACCACUACCACCACCACUUCCUCAACAACCACUUCGAGUCCAGUGCCUGUAACCACUUCAAGCUCUACCACCCCUCCUUCAACAUCCUCGAGCACUCCAUCCACCUCUAGCUCUUCCUCCGAAUCAAGCACCACAAGCACGAGCGAAGCACCAGUCGUUAUAACCACCUCCAGUACCUCAGUUUCCUAUUCGACCACAACCUCAUAUGUCACUCAAGUCCUUCAAACCACGCAAAAUGGACAACCAGGCUACACCACCAUCACGUCCAUCGUGAUAGCUACAAAUCCCGCCACCACACUCGUGGAACCAGCAACUUUUACCAGCACUCCAGGCAGCGCCCCGACACUCCUUCCAUCCAACAGUGGCGGCGGCAGCAGCUCAGGCUUGUCGACAGGUGCCAAAGCCGGCAUCGGAGCUGGUGUCGGUAUUCUUGUCCUAGCUGCCGCUAUCUUCGGCGGCUGGUACAGCUGGUUCAUGCGGCGGCGGAGGAAACGGAAUUCCUACUCCCAUGACCGGUACUCGGAUGAACCCUUGCCCAGCAUGUCAGGACUCGGCAUCGCAGGGGGUGGAGCUGCGGGUAUGGGAGCAAUGGCCGCCAUCUCAUCGGGUUACCGUGACACCUCGAACCGUUCCGACACGCGUUCAGAGCUCCCGUCUCCUCCCAUUCCUUCCCCGCCGCCUCGAUCUCCAGACCGACUUCUUCCACCUGGAGUGGUACCUUUCAGAUACCGAGGUUCCAGCUCACCGCCACCCAACCAAGGCUCUUCCCACAUGUCUGUCUCAGACCAGAGCGAGUACUCGCAAGGUAACAAUCAACCUCAGCCGGGCGGCCAAUACCCUCAAGGGCCAGCUGGAGCUGGAGCUGGUUACUCCAGUAAUCUCAACGAACUACCUGAAGACCAGAGAAACAUCUACCAGCUGCCGGACGACCAAGUCUCCAACCCCAUGUCACACCAAAGCUACCAACAUGCCAACAUGGGCCAAGAUGGCUACUGGUCCGGACAACCCUCCGCACCUUCGGCACCGUCGGCGCCUUCAGCGCCCUCGGCGCAGGAAUCCUACGAGUUACCCGGCCAAGGCACCACACCUGCACCUGCGCAGUCGCAAGGAGGACAGGGAGGCUAUCGCGGUGCGGAUCGAGAGGUUCCUCUCCAUCAACGCAUGGAAGGCAGAGUGCCGUACCGGCCAGGCCAUCUGCCGCCUUCGCACAAUUUCUAAUGGUGCAUCGCAUGGUGGCCCGCGGCUGUGUAUAAUGGGUAUAUUAAAACAUAAAACCGUAAUGUAUUGUCAGAUGAUUGGAUGAAUUGGAAUGAUAUCACCCAACAAAAGUUAUUCCCAAUAGUAUCACGCUCUUGCACAUCUG